UAGUCUUAUAUGUGUACUUUAUAUUUUAUACAUUCUCCCAGCGAAUAUAGAGCAUUUUUUUAAGAAUAGAGAGCAUUAUCUUUUUUAUUUUUGAAUUAUACAGGGGUAUUAUGGCCCCCACAGAUGUGGGUUCAAACUAACCACGUGUUACCAGCCUACGUUUUUCACGUGUCGGUCUCCUGUCCCUGGCGAUGCCGAAACGUUAAUUCCCCAGUGGCCGGGACUCGACCCCUGGUAGCUUCACCGUAUUGGGCUUUGUCCUCAAGUUAAUCACCACCAAACCACAAGCUCUGGUUAUAGAGAGCAUUAUCAUCGUAGAAGAGUAGGAUUUCUACUAGGGAGAUGGACAACCCAUGAUCUCCUCCGGUAAAAAACCGUCGUAGCUUAAGGUCGAAAAACCAGUCAACUGGCAGAAACUAGGACAUUUAUUAACUUACAAAUUGGAAAUAACUGCCAAAUCGCUAAAAGAAAAUCGCCUUUAAAAACAUUAAUGUUGUUUACAACUUGAAUUUAAAGUAGGUUUAUGUAAUAUGUGUCCCCUCUACUAUCCAAUAAUAUAUCAGACUAAAUUCGGACAUAACAAAGCAAUAAAUUUUUCAAGUCUCUAAAACCAGCCGCCAAGUUUUCAAGUUUCAGAUCUGGGCCUCUUCGGUGACUGGUGUUUCUUGCCGGCGCCGGAGAGGUCCCCAUCCUCUUUCUUUUGCUUUUACUUCUUACGUUCAUAGUUUUGAUCUGUGCCGGAGUGUGUUUCUUUUCAGUGGUUAUUAACUCGGUCUUGGCUUACCGUUUCAACGGUGCUCAAGAGUGUGGUGUUUCAUUGUCUAUUUCUGAUGAGUUUCAUUCCUUGGUGGCUCUCUUCCUUCCCAACAGGUUGGUGUGAUUCAUUGUGAAGAUAUUUGUAGAACCUAAAAUCUACACUAAGUAUUUGAUAGUGAUCGGGGUUUGAUCUAGGGAAGACAAAUGAUGUAGGCAACGAUAUCUUUAGAACACAACGAUGUUAAACAGUUUCCAGUACGUUAAAAUAGAAUUUAUUGAUGAAUAAGAUCGAAUACAAUGAGUUGAAAUAGAUCGAGUGAUACAAAUGAGAUCCGUAAAGAAAGAAUCUAAGAUUGUGAUGAAAACAAGGUCGAUGUAAGUGUGUAGCUCUCUCUAGGGUUUUCAACGUGUCUUCCUUCAUGUCCCUUCUUCUUCCUUAAUAGUGUGUCGACCUCGGGAUCUUCGUAACUGCUCCACGAUCUCCGGGGCUACUCAGCGAUCUCCGGGACCUCGAAGUCUUUGUUCUCGAGCCCAAUUGCUUGCUAUGGGCUUUAGUUCCUUACGGUCCAUAUCUUUGGUCGCGCCCCAUUAACGUACUGACCGAAAUUGGGUCCAACAAUAUUGGCUUGUCGUCUUUCGUGGUGUAGACAUCUUGUUUUGACAGUUGAUUACAAUCAGUCUCGUUUGUGGUCUCUCAUGACUUUUGGUAGCGUUGUAGCUUUGUUUUAGCAGUUGGACUUGCAAAGCUUUGGUUUUUUCUUUAUCUUUCUACUGUUGGUUUCGUUCUGGUUUUGCUUGUUACUCAGUUUGAGCUAUUGUGGUAAGUUGGAUGAAUUGCACUUGUGGCUUUGCCAAGGUCUCUAUAUACCUUAGGGAUGAUGGUUAAGCAAGAGAUUCAUUAGCGCAUUUAUCCCAAUAUACUUUUAUGUUUGCACUUUUGACAUGCUGGUUGGAUUUUUUUCUCUAGUAUCUAGUUAUGUUGAAGAAGUUGUGCCUAAGAGGAGUGCUCUAUCUUGGGAUUGGUGCAAUGGUUCGGUCAUGGUGUUGACAUCGUUAAUUUUAAUUUCUUGGCUGAGUUUCUCUGGCUUCAUAAAUCGUUUUUCUCUUCGUAUUCGUCGGUUGAUUUCCAAGUUUGGAUUUGAAUUAGAAAAGCUACAAGGUUUUGAGGUUUUGUGCCACGGUAGAUCUGUAUUCAGCUGCAUUUUAUCUCGGGACUAUCCACUGCAUCGUGAAUGGUUGAUGUUUAUCACUUUCUAUUUUUUGAAUGGUAACUAUUGAUAUCGAUCUAUCUUUUGAUAGUAAGUGUUUUUUUUAAUGGUCUAUGUGUAAUUUGGUCAUAAGCUAAAUGAUUAAAGGUUAAAAAAAACAAAGCAAUAAAUACUCAAAAUAGUUUCUUAGUUACGAUGGAGUUGGAGAAAAAAAACCCUAUAGAGUCAGUUAAAAGCAAGGGUGUUUGCGUAACUUCAUUCAAUGCAACGCCGGGACAUAAGGAUAUUUUCGUCAGAAGCAAGAAACUGCAACAAGAAAAAUUAUUAAUUAUAUUUUGAAUUAAAAAUUUCAAAAGGACCGACCGACCAAUAAAUAAAUAAAUAAAUAAGUAAAAUGUGAAAUUUGUGAGAAAACUUUCUUUACCAUUUUCUACUUUCUUCCCUCUGCUUCCGUGUCACUGUUUGAAUCUGAUUGUCUCCGUUUCCUUUUCACACGAAUCAGAUUCUUUAUCUUGACUAGAUUUUGAAAUCGCAACGGGAAGAAAUCUCGUCUUCUACAUGUUUAUAUCCCUUUUGAAUCUCUUCAAAAUCUCAAUCUCUCUCGUGUAGUGACAAUUCAGAUUUUAGCAGCUCCGAUUCACCUUUUUCAAUCGAUUUCGGAAGCUACGGAUUCGAUUCUGGAUUCAGAAUUCUAUUAUUCCCACGGGUUUGCAAGAAAAUCGAGUAGAACAUGGCGAAGCGUGGAUAUAAGCUGCAGGAGUUUUUGGCACAUUCUGCAAACGUAAAUUGUCUAAGUAUCGGAAAGAAGACAUCAGGGCUCCUUAUAACUGGCGGUGAUGAUUACAAGGUCAAUCUUUGGGCCAUUGGCAAGCCUACUUCUUUAAUGGUAACCUUUCACUUUUUCUCUCUUCUCUACAUUUGUUCCCUCCUGUUUAUACCAUGAGUUUUUGUUUCUAAUAGUAUCUUGAACAAAAAAAAAAAUGUAAUGUUUCUAUGUUCUUUUCUUGUCGUGUUUGCAGAGUUUAUGUGGACAUGCUAGUGAAGUGGAUUCAGUAGCGUUUGACUCGGCAGAAGUUUUGGUGCUUGCUGGAGCUUCUUCGGGUCUGAUAAAGCUCUGGGAUUUAGAAGAAGCAAAGAGUUAGUUGAUUUAUUUUCUGCUUCUCCUUUAGAAUAUUUUGUUGUCUAGAUAUAAGAUACCGAUUAAGUCAUUGUCAGUGUGGAUUAUGUGUCCUGAGUCACCUGACAUUUGAGCAGUGUACCAGACUAUAUCUAUAGUUUAUUUUAGAAUGAUGAGGUCUAACAUUUUCAUUCUUGCCCUUGAAGUGUAGUGGUUCGAGCUUUUACUGGACAUAGAUCGAGUUGUUCUGCUGUUGAAUUUCAUCCCUUUUGGUGAAUUUCUGGCAUCGGGAUCAAAUGAUACGAAUCUGAAGAUCUGGUACAUCAGAAAGAAGGGGUGCAUACAGACGUACAAGGGGCAUACCCGUGGCAUCGACACUAUCAAAUUUAGUCCUGAUGGUCGUUGGGUAGUGACAGGAGGUCUUGACAAUGCUGUAAAGGUAAGAACUGCAUUGCUCAUCUUGUGCUUUGUCUUUUCUCGAACCUGUGUUCUUUUAACAAUAUGCUAUUGAUCGUAUCCAAUAUGUAUGGGAUUUGACUGCUGGAAAGCUUAUACAUGAUUUUAAGUUCCAUGAAGGAUCUAUCCGUUCGCUAGACUUCCACCCACUUGAGUUCCUCCUAGCCACUGGUUCUUCUGACAGGACCGUAAAGUUCUGGGAUUUGGAAACGUUUGAAUUGAUUGGAUCUACCCGACCAUAGGAUACUGGAGUUCGUUCAAUCAAAUUUCAUCCAGAUGGGCGAACCCUUUUUUGUGGUUUGGAUGAUGGCUUAAAGGUUUAUUCAUGGGAGCCAGUGGUUUGUCAUGAUAGUGUUGAUAUGGGUUGGUCAACGCUUGGUGACUUAUGCAUCAGCGAAGGGAAGUUCAUGGGUUGUUCAUACUACCAAAAUUCCGUAGGGAUUUGGGUCUCAGAUAUAUCACAAAUUGAACCAUAUGUCAUUGGAUCUGUGGAUAAAAAGGAAUGCGUGGAGAAAGUACUCAGUGUUCUGGACGAUCAGUCUUCCGAGAGAGUAAGGAGUGGCCCCAGGGGCAGCUCUUCUCCAGAUUAUGAGACAAAAGAGAUCAAAAACAUAUACAUUGACUGUGGAAAUUCAAAUGUUGCACAAAAGCCAGGAUCAUCAAGUACUUCUAAUGUCAAUGCAACAUCUACGGGGCAAACAGGGGAUAAGUCUUUUAUAGUGCAUAGUGAUACUGGGAAAGACUCUUCUGAGUCAGGAAGAGAAUCUAUCACUUUCUCAAAAACGAAGCAGGGCAUGCUACUGAGACCAGCUCAUGUACGAAAAACGCCAACAAAGCAGUCAGUGGCUGUUCAAUCUAGUACUCCGAUACAAAGCGAAUCGGACGGUGAGAAAACGUUGGAUACUAAGGCUGUGCUUGAUUCAGAAGAGAGUGGUAGAAAACCAUUUGAUGCCAUUGAUUCCAUCAUCAAGAGUAUAACCAGCAAGUUUGAAAAAGCUUUAUUUCCAGAAUCACCAACUGAUGAAGCGAAAUCUAUGCUGCUGAAACCGCCUCGAGUGCAGAGAUCACCAAAUACUAAGUACAAUGAGACAAGAUGGGCGGUUUCUGUUGAUUCUGAAAAUGUAGACAGUAACCAAAGUAGCUUAGAGAAAUCGAGAGACACAGUCUUGGAAGAAGAGUUUGCGGAUGACAGAGGUUGUAACCCGAGUGAGGAGGAUGCCAAUGAUAAGAUCAUUUUAAGCAAGCCAGAACAAGUUCUAUCACCAGAGAAAGCUGGCGACGAACAGAAAAGCAAGUACUUAAUUACUUAACUCUAAAUCAGAUCUGACUAAUUAAUGGGCAUUUCCGCUUGUUGGGUCAAACUUAAAUUUAUGCAACUUUGAUGUGUUAGGCUUCCACUUCUCUUUACAAUCUGUUUAAUACGAGUGAGUUGCUAGAUAAAAGACAGCGUACAACACAAGUGAAAUUAAUCUGGAAGAGCUACUUGUUGGUUUGAAUUUACUACGAUAUGUAAUCUUGGAAAAAGAUUAACAAGGCAGCAGAGAAGUCAUAGCAUUAGCUUAUAGGCUGCUAAAUCUCAAUUUUUAGCUACUUUUAGAACUAACUUUUUUCACAGUUUUCUUUGUUGGUUCGGUCAAGUUACUUGGUUUUGAGGCUACAAUCAGUUUGCAAGUGAUUAAUAUAAAUAUUCUGCCUUAUAGGCAUCCAAUCCCCUGGGGUAGCAAAGAAUCAGACUCUGUGAAGGUUGUUAAAGGAGUAAAAGUUGUUUCCGGGAGGACACGGUCAUUGGUUGAGAGGUUUGAAAGAAGAGAAACAAUUAUUCCUGUGGUAUCAACACGACGACCUAGGAGUAUUCCAGCCAGAGUAAUGCCUGUGGUUCUUGGUCGGGACGAAAACAUGACAACUGGUGCGCUUUCUGUAACAUUAACACGACCUGAUAGGACUCCGCCUGCUAAUUUGACAUCUGAUGAGUCUUGUGUAUCAUCAACACGACAAGCUAGGUCUUCUCCACCCCCGGUUAUGCCUGUGGUACUCAAUCAGACAACAAAAAUGGAAUCUGAUGACCCUCCUGCAACAUCAGCACGACCUGAUAGGAGUGCUGCUGCUAAUUUGGCAUCUGAUGAUUCUCCUGUAACAUCAACACGACAAGCUAGGACUUCUCCAGCUCCAGUUACGCCUCUGAUACUCAAUCGGAGUCGGUCAACUAACAUGAAACCCGAUGAGACUCAUGUAAUAACAAGAAGACCACUGCGGAGUUCUUCAGCGCGUGCAAGGCCUGUGAUGCACAAUCAAACAACUAAUACGCAUGAUGAGCGUCCCGUACAAUCAACACGAUCAGCUAGGACUUCACUAGCCCGUGUAAUACCUAUGAAACUCAAUCAAGCAGAUGAUAUCCCAUCCUAUGAGCCUCCAGUUGCAUUAACACGAUCAGCUAGGAACUCUCCCGUUCGUGUAAUUCAUGCAAAUCAUGUGACAUCCGAUGCAUCACAUAUAAGAUCCAGGCAUCGAUUUAGCCCAAAUCAAACGCUGGCAACACUUGCGGUAAUUGAUCAGGUGGCUUAUAUGACACUGGAUGAGGCAACAUAUAACACAAAAUCGACCAGAUUAUGAUAUCUCGACCCAGGUAAGUUUCAAAUGAUAAGUUUGGGAAACUGAUAGAGUUUGGAUAUCUCUAACUCCUCAAUCAAACCAGAAUACAAGAUAGAACAAUGAAUACAAGAUAGCUUUGCAGAUUCCGAUCACAAUCACCUUCUCAUGAGAUCACGACGAUCUCAUGGCGACCGUGCCGAGACUCAUGGCGUCUACGAACAACAACAUACAAAGCAUGAAACUCCUCUGCAUCCAAAGCUUCCUCUUUAUACCCUCCAUCUUCACGCAGCUGCCUCCAUCUCACUAACGGCAAAGCUUCUGAACCAGUUAGAAGGUCUCCUUCACUCUGAUUCCUUGUCCCAGUCAGCUUCCUCACUUGCCAUGUCAGCAGAUAGAAUAGGUAUCUAUCAAUACUUCCCCCUUUGAAAACAAGCUUGCCCACAAGCUUGUAUGAAAGGAAACCACUGAAGAAAAAUGCAUCGGCCAGACUUAUCAGCACCACACUCAUGCUGAUCUCUUCAUUCUCCUGUUGGAUCUUCAAUACCUCAACCAUGGACCAAGCUGAGCCCAUGAAUUUCUUUUGUGUUCCUUUAUACUUAAACAUCCAAGUCUUGUAAAACUUCUUCCAUUUAUGCUUUUCUUGUAUCCCCACUCGCUGUAGAUGUUUCUUGUUAUGUACACGUACACUGCUUCUUUCUUUAUGCAAUUGAUGACUCCAAUCUUGCAACCACCAGUGUCUGAUGCGUUCUUCCUUUUCACUUUGUUCUCCAAUAUUUUUUCUGAAAAAAAUCAGAAUCACUACGAGUUGAAAACCCCCAAAUCAGCACAACCUCUAUCAGCCAACACAUCAUUAUUCUCGUGUAUACUCCAUCCCUCGAAGACAAGCUUGCCCACAAGCUUGGACUGAUUAACAUGAUGGACAAACUUUCAUGAAAAGACCCAUUUGACCAAACUGAAGCAGAUUUAAACCUCCAUUUAUGCUUCACUUGCAACUCUCGCACACCAACUAACAAAUCUUGCAACGCUUGUAACAUAUGUCGCAUUUGCAACUGAAGCAUAAGCCUUAUACCCUUGACCCUCAGACACGUAUGGUAGAGUUCAAGACAAGGAAAAAACAAGCUAUCAAGCAAAACGUUGCCACUCCCCACUCGCAAUCUUCUAAUCCACACAAAAACACAGACUUUCCAACAAUGCAUCGAUUGUCUUUCUAAAUUCUGCCACAGCCGCUCUUCCAUGAAUAAAUUCCAAUUGAACCCCCAAGUAUGCUCUGCACCAACGUCUGCCUUAUCAGUGACCUGUGAACAAAUGGCUACAGCCACAAGAAAUUCUGAAGCGGAAACUAGUUCUAAAUUCUUCACUCUCCACUUGUGCUUAACUUUGUAAAUCAGAUCACAAAGAAACAACUGUAUUAGGUCCUUGAAAUCAUGUCUCGUGGUCACUGCAAGAAGUUUGCUACGUUCCGUUUCUUCUGUGACGUAAUUGGAAUCCAACUGUAACAAGACUCUCAACAGAUUCAAUGGUUUAAACUUGAACAUCCAAGUUUUGACGCACGUCUUCUGCUCUGUCUGACUAGGCAGAAACUUGAGAUCACAUAGUUGAUGAACACAAGCAACCUCCACAUUCUCUGCAUCAAUAAUCACAGUUCCACCUAGAAAUGCCAUUGAAUCACUCACUACCAAAACUGCUGGUGAUGAACAUAUUUGCUGCACGAAUUUAUGCUCCUGCAACAAAAUCAUGUUCUGCUCAAGUGGGAAAAAUGUAUCUUCUGUAACCAUGACCACUGCUUCUUCAGUUUCUGCACCGGAAGCUUUCUGGAGCAUUUAUUGCUGGUGAUAAACAACGAGGAACAAGAUAAUCAGCAUAACUCACAAACACACUAUCCAAAGUCGUUAAUGCCAUCCUCUUCACCAAAUCUGGCCCCUUUAGAGACAUCUCUGCAACUAAUCUCUCCUCCUGAGCUGCAAUACAUAGUGACUUUGACACCUGCUCUGCUCAUAGUGACUUUGACACCUGCUCUGCUUCUUUCUCUUUACUUAGUUCGUCCUCAUGACCAGUCUCAGCAAAAACAUGUUUCUUGAGUAUUGUUUCAGAUUGUACAGAAACUUCUGCAACAGGUACAGACUGUAUCACCAUAUCUCUUUCAUGAACCGUCUCGGAAUCUAACGCUGGCUGAAUCAAAUGUGACAGAGAACAGUUCCUCACUACUCCAGUCUCAUGAACAAUGACAUUGUGUGAGGUUGAUUCAUCCAUGAAAGUUAUGUCACCAGAAUCACCUGAACACAGUCGGGAACCCCGUUGCCUCUCUGCUUUCCAAUUCAUAAGAUACUCGUGGCAUCUAUCAGAUUCUUUUUGUAACCUAAUCUUAUCAGGAUCAUCAUCAGCACCAAAUUUCCACAACAAUGUUUCUUUAAUAUGUUUCCAGUUUCUAAUAGGCAUCAAUGAAUCGAUACCAUUGAUGUACCUCUCAGCUUCAUCCACAAUGAAUCCAUAAGCCAUGUGUAACUUCUCGAAGUUAGUGAGUCCCUUCCGAUCAAAGUAAUGCUCCAUCCACGAAAUCCACUGCCUCAAGUCGACAUCCGGAAACACUGGAACCGUAACAAUUCCCAUGACUGCGCUUGAAUCCUCUCGGAUCGUUACGAUCUGCUUCUCCACAGAAUCCAAUCGCUCUGCCGUCGCCUUAUCGUUUCGCGUCACCAACGGAUCUCUCUGCAUCGUCCUGUUCGCAUCAUCUCUGGAACUCCGCGAUUUCCGUAACUUCCGUAAUCUUCGCAUCGUUCGUAAAACUCAAUAGCGCCUCCGACGAAUCCAGCAACAAAACCAUCGCUUCCCUCGAUUCUUGCCGCCGAUUCACCAAACUUCAUCAUCACCGUGUCAGAUUCGAUCGAGUUUCACCGCACCAAUGAUAGAGUUUGGAUAUCUCUAACUCCUCAAUCAAACCAGAAUACAAGAUAGAACAAUGAAUACAAGAUAGCUUUGCAGAUUCCGAUCACAAUCACCUUCUCAUGGCGAAGAUGACUGAUCACGACGAUCUCAUGGCGACCGUGCCGAGACUCAUGGCGUCUACGAACAACAACAUACAAAGCAUGAAACUCCUCUGCAUCCAAAGCUUCCUCUUUAUACCCUCCAUCUUCACGCAGCUGCCUCCAUCUCACUAACGGCAAAGCUUCUGAACCAGUUAGAAGGUCUCCUUCACUCUGAUUCCUUGUCCCAGUCAGCUUCCUCACUUGCCACGUCAGCAGAUAGAAUAGGUAUCUAUCAGAAACUAAUAUAUAUAUAUAUUACUUACUCUAUAAUUUGAAUGUUGUAGUCUCUGAUGCUACACAAGAAAUAUGAAAUUGCAAGGAUGACAAAGUUGGAAGGGAUCUGUAAACAUAACAAGUUUUUGAUUUUGUUUGGUUUGUGCAGAAGGAAGAGCCUCAGAUAUCUGGGAGGGAGAAUGAAGAUGACAUCAGUGAGACAUUAAUGCAGGCGCAUAAUGAGGUCUUAAACACUCUUCAAUCAAGGUUGACAAAAUUACAGAUUGUAAGACAUUUUUGGGAGCGCGGUGAUAUUAAAGGCGCAAUCAUGGCGUUGAAAAAGCUGUCAGAUCACUCUGUAAGUAUCCCAACAGAUUACCUUUUGCCUGACCUUUUAAUUCUUACAUGUCUAGAGAAAGCUGACUCACUAAAACUGGAACAGUUUCAAGCAGAUGUGAUCAGUAUUCUAACAGACAAAACAGAUAUUCUAACACUGGAUCUGUUUUCCCAGUUAGCACCUGUCCUCACAGGCUUAGUGGGCAGCAGGACUGAAAGGCCUGUAAGUGUCUCCUUGGAAAUGCUCUUGAAGCUUGUAGCAGUGUUCGGUACAGUUGUACAAUCAACUGUUUCAGCAAGACGAAGUGUUGGCGUUGAUAUUCAUGCAGAAGAAAGGUUACAGAUCUGCCAAAGUUGUUCUGCGGAGUUGCAAAAGAUUCAAAAGAUCCUUCCACUACUCACCAGAAGAGUAGGUCUCAUCGCUAGAAAGGCUCAAGAACUAAACUUAGUUCUUCAGACACCAUAACUCCAGGUUCAGAUUCAAGACCACUCAGAAUCACUUUCAAACAGUGUCCUCUCCAUGAUGUUUCCAAUCUGUAUGUUAUCAAGAACUGUCUCCAUGUUCCCUUUGGAGAUUUGGCAUCUGUUGCUUUGAAGAUCCGCCGAGAAGUCGCAGUUUCUUGUGGCAGGUUUUGCGAUAGAAUCGCCCUUCCCGGAGAAAUUCUCCACCCAAAUCAGUAUAUGCUGUAAAUCGAUCUGUCUCUGGAAUUAAAGUUGUGCUUCAGUUUCUGUAAUGAUCCCAAACUUUGCCCAAAGGUCAAGUUUUGUUUUCUUUUAAAAAGAGAGAGAGAAAGGAAAGAGAAAGAGAAAGAGAAAGAAAAAGAGAAAAAGAAAGAGAGAAAGUGAGAGAGAGAGAGAGAGAAAGAGAAGAAGAAGUGGAGAUUUCACCACCAGGAGUCCUCGCCGGAACCACCACACGCCGGGACGUCGUCAAGCUCGUCAUCACCAUCAACCGCAGCUCAAGGUAGCCGGAAACUGCCAUGUUUUGAGUUAAGUUUUGUCCGUUUAGUAAUUCGUCGAUAACGUCUUAACCGUUGCGAAUCUCGUGCAUCUAAGGCCAUCAUCGUGUUCCUCUCGACGAGACGAAGCCGUAGCCGCCGACCGCGCCGCAAUCGAGCCCGGAUGAGCCCGCACGCGCCUCCGGAAAUUUUGCCUCUGCGCGCGCGUGAGGUACACGCGCCGCCGCCGGAAAUCGUCGCCACCGUCCUCCGCCGCCGUCCUCCGCCGCCAGACCACCGCCUUCACCGCCGGUAAGCUCCGCCGUCGCCGCCGGUGACCGACACCGGUGACUCGCCAACUCGGCUGAGUCGACCCGGUGAGUCAACUCGGUUGACUCGGUAAACCGGUGGAUUGACUGGUUUGACCGGUUUAAAUUGAUUUCGGUUCGGUUAGGGUAAACCGGUCGGUUUUGUCAAAUCGAUUUCUGGUCAAAGCUUGACCGGGUUGACUUUGACCAGCGGGUUGACUUUUCCGAAAACCUUGACCAGUUCCGAUUUCGACCGUUCGAAAGGCGUUCUGACUCAGAAUUUCGAUCUGAUUUCAGAAAUGGAGUAUAUUUGAGCAGCUGGAGUUCAUAGACAACACUUUUCUAUUGCUAAGGUGAGACAAACAAGUAUGUGAUAUUUGGACGGACUUGGUGCUACUGGACUUUUCUUUCGGAUUUUAUUUGGGCAUGGGUGAGAGUUGUCGGGUUUAUGGGCUUUCAUAUUAUGGGAUAUUGUUGGUGGCCCGUCGUCCUUAGUGUCAGGGAGACGGGUGUCACAUUGUUGUAUGAUGACGCGUCAGGGGUGACACGCUGUCCUCCAUUUAGGAGGUGACGGGUGUCAUAAUUUGGUAUCAGAGCGGGUUCCAUCCCGGUUCCGUCCCGGGAUGGCGGUCAGGGGAUGCGGUUUUCAACGUUCUUUUUGUUUUAAAAAAAAUAAAAUAUAUAUUUAUUUAUAUAUUUGGAAAUUCUUUUAGCACCAUUCUGUCCAGUAAUUACUAACUCAAUUGUCUCUUUCAAUGACGAUGAGUAAAAUCAUCGUCAUUCGUCCUUCGACUAACAGGGUUCUCGCCAGAUGUUCAGCAGUUGCGUGAUGUCCAAGUUCGUCAGUUUUCUCAGGAAUUAUCAGUUUCUUCGGUCAUGAUUUUGAGGCUAUCCAGGAGUGGAUAUGUGACGUUUCUGCCACCAGCCCACUUCAAGCAAUCAUCCCACGAGUUUGUUACUAGAGAUUAUGUGGUGUGUGGUAUGAGCCAUUGGUUGGCAUGUGUUGUUGUGUGUACGAGUAUAUUGACUAUUUUGGAGAUAUAUUUGUUUUGAGAACUCGUGGAGAUCGCUUUUGAAUUGGGGUGCAGCAGCUUGCGUUGUGUGGGUGUUGGAGUUACACUUUGUGUACCAGUUAUGCUUGGAGGGCCGAUUUUUUCGGAUAUUCAUCAGAGAUGGAGCUACGUUUUUACGAUGUUAUCCUUGGGAUGGAUUGGCUGUCACGGUAUCGAGUAGUGUUGUAUUUUUUGAGGGCAAGAGUUCCUAUUGCUGGAGCAAAUGGAAGUUUUAUUGCAUGCAUUCUACAUGCUGAGGAGUUAUGGGAUAUAAGAACAGAGAGAUUUUUGGCUACCAUUUCAAUGGUUAAGGAUGAUGGACAGCAUGGGCUGCAGGAUCUUCCGGUUAUUGCAGAGUAUGAGGAUAUAUUUGUGACCUUUGGAAAGGCCACCACAAGACACAUGAGACGCUCUUGCAAUUUUUUUUUUUUGGAGCAAACAGCACUGGUUUCACGAGUUUCUUAUCGUCUAUCACCAGCAUGGAUGACUGAGUUGAGAAAGCGAUUGGAGGAACUCUUUGAUAAGGGAUUUAUCAGAUCGAGUUCUUCCCCAUGGGGAGCAUCAUUGUUGUUGUAAAUAAGAAAGGUGGGAGUUUCAGAUUUUGUAUCGACUACAUAGACUUGAACAUGGUAACCAUCGUAUUGACGAGUUGUUAGAAGAGCUUAAUGGAGGUUCAUCGUUCUCGAAGUUUGUCUUGGCAUUAAGAUACCAUCAGAUUGCUAUAGCUGAGGAGUAUGUACGGAAUGCAGAUUUCCGUUAUGGAUAUUAUGAGUUCGUAGUGAUACCAUUUGGGUCGACAAAGGCACUGUUGCAUUCAUGAAGAUAUGAAUGACGUUUUCGUGAACAUUUGGAUAGGUGUGCGAUUGUAUUCAUCAAUGACAUCCUGAUUUAUUUUGGAGUAGAAAGGAGAUUUGUAAGCAUUUCGCGGAUUGCGUUGGAUAAUCCUGGAGAGCAUCAGUUGUUCGCUAAGUUGAGGAACUGUAGCUUCUGGCAGAGGAAUGUUGUAUUUUUGGGUAACAUGGUUUUGGAAGCAGAAUUUUGAUGGAUCCAAAGAAGAUUAAUACCGUUUCGGGAAGGUCGAAACCUAAGAGCGCUACAAAGAUCUGCCGUUCUUUUUGGGUUAAUAGUGUACUACUGGAAGUUCAUCAAGGGUUUCACCGGUAUAGUAAUGUUAAAGACGCGGUCUACAUGUAAAGACUUUAAGUGUGGCUGGAUAGAUUUUUGUUCGAGGAGUUUCACUGAAUUGAAGCACAACUAAUGAAGACACCAGUUUUGGGUUCUACUGAGGCUGAGGCUUACUGUGAUGUGUCAGAUACUGGAUUGGAUUUAAAUUAAGGUAUGAGGAUUAAGUCAUUCAUAUGCAUCACGCCAGAGAGGCUAUAGUGGUAUUUGCGUUAUAGUUUUGGAGAUCGUGAUUGUACGGGAAGGAAGUCCAGAUUCUAUGGGAUCAUUAGAGUAUGAUAUUUAUCUCCACUGAUUAAAAAUUGCACUUGGGCAGUGCAGUUGGAUUGAGUUUGUAGCAGACUAUAGUUUGGAUAUCGCAUACUAUCUGGUAAGGACAACCAGGUGAUAAAUGCCUUGGGUAGGCGUAUAGCUGUAUCUCGGGAACCAAGAAGGUUCAUAAGUUUACUGGGAGAUUUGCUAGUCUCAGGUUGGGUGCCAUUACUGUCAAUGGAGGGACAGAUGUCCUUGGGACUUUGGAGCAUGCAGUUUUGUUAUGGAGGAUACGCAAGCACAAGUUAGCAUUGGAUUUGGUUGAACAGAUCGAGAUUGAGAGUAUUGGAUAUCAUACAGUUCUGAGCAGGAGAUACUUGUACCGAAACCGAGUUUGUGUGUUGGACGAUAAGUUGUUAAGAAAAGCAAUCAUACAACAAACAUAUCACUCGUGUUUCUCCACCCAUCGGGACGACCAAAGGGGUACAAAGAUAUGAAGAGUUAACUAUAAUUGGUGUAGUAUGAAGAUGUUUGUAACUACAUUGCGUCGCGGUGCCAGACAUGUUAUAUGGCAAUGACAGAGGAUCAGUUAUCUAUUAUGUUAUUUUUGAGCUUGCUUUUGCCGGAGUGGAAAUGAGGCAUGGUAAUUAUGGACAUUGUUAUUGGAUUUUAAAUCACCAUAUGUGGAAAGGGUGCCACAUGGGUAGUCAUGGAUAGACUUACCAAGUCAGCCCAUUUCCUAAGUAAUUAAGAAGACAAUCAGAGCUAAUUAAUUGGAGCAGACCUACAUUAUUGAGUUUGGGAAGUUUCAUUGAUGUCAACAUUGUAUCGGAUUGGGAAUCGAAGUUCACAUCUACAUUUCAGAGAGCCUUUCGGAAGGCACUUGGGACAAAGAUCAUAUGGGUACAUCUUAUCACCCGUUGACAUAUUGUCAGUCAGAGAGGACUACUCAGAACUUAAAGGAUAUGUUCAGAGAUUGCGUGGGAUGGAAUUUCAGAAAGCAUCUACCUAUACCAGAGUUUGCCUAUAUCGACAGCUAUCUUUUGAGUAU